GCGGGGAAGCAGGCGGGAGCCGGCUGCACCUGGCUUGGAGCGCCAGAUUUCUAGAAGAGGAGUCAUGUCAGAAGAAACAGUAAGCAAAUCACAGUUUUCCUUGAAGACAGCAGCGCUAAGAGUGUUUGAUCUUCCUCUGUCUUGGUACUAUUCUCUCUCCCAGAUCAAAUUUUCACCGGUAGCUAAAAAGUUGUUUGUGGUAACUGCAGUGAGUGCUGUAUCUGUAAUUUUUCUGGCCCAUCACUUUAAAAGAAGACGUGGAAAGAAGAAAGGAAAAGUAUUACCAUGGGAACCAGAGCACCUCAUACUUGAAUACACUAAAAGAGCAGCAUCAGACAAAGGUUCAAGUUGUUCCAGUAGUAGACAGAAUUUGACAUUAUCUUUAAGUUCUGCCAAAGAGAAAGGCUCUCAGUCUUGUAACUAUGCUAAUGGAGGACUUUUCAGUAAACUCUCAGGUUCUGCACAGAGUUUGACCUCCGUCCAGAGUGUCAAUUCUUGUCAUAGCUGUGCUUGUGGCAAUUCUAAUUCCUGGGACAAAGCAGAUGAAGAUGAUAUUAAACUUGUUAAUAUUCCUGUUACCACUCCUGAGAAUUUAUACUUGAUGGGUAUGGAAUUGUUUGAAGAGGCGUUGCGUCGAUGGGAACAAGCUCUAACCUUUCGAAAUAGACAGGCUGAAGAUGAAGCCUGUGGUUCCAUUAAAUUGGGUGCAGGAGAUGCCAUUGCUGAAGAAAGUGUAGAUGAUAUUAUUAGUACUGAAUUUAUCCAUAAACUUGAAGCUCUGCUGCAAAGAGCAUACCGUCUCCAAGAGGAGUUUGAAGCUACCCUGGGGGCAUCUGAUCCUAAUUCUCUUGGCAAUGAUAUUGAUAAAGAUACAGAUAUCACCAUGAAGGGGAACGUGGAUGACUUUGGCCUGCGAGACACCUUGAGCAUCGCAUCGACUGAUUCCUUUGCUUCAGCAGCAGAGCUUGCAGAACACAGAGAAGGUCGGCACGCCUACAGCCUAGAGUCUCUUUGCCACUGUCCUUUUUAUGAAGAAGCCAUGCAUUUAGUCGAAGAAGGAAAAAUUUACUCAAGAGUGCUUAGAACUGAGAUGUUGGAGUGCCUAGGAGACAGUGAUUUUCUUGCCAAACUUCACUGUAUUCGACAGGCUUUUCAGGUAAUUCUUUCAGAAACUGCCAACAGGAUAUUUCUUGCUGAGAGUGGAAGGAAAAUUUUAUCAGCAUUAAUUGUGAAAGCUCGAAAGAAUCCAAAGAAGUUUGAAGAUGUUUUUGAUGAAAUGAUCUAUUUUUUAGAGCAGACUGAUCACUGGGAUAGUACUGAAAUGGAACUUGCUGCUAAAGGAGUGAAAAAUCUAAAUUUUUAUGAUGUGGUUCUGGAUUUUAUAUUAAUGGAUUCCUUUGAAGAUUUAGAAAACCCACCCACAUCCAUUCAGAAUGUAGUAAAUAAUCGCUGGCUAAACUCCUCCUUCAAAGAAACCGCUGUGGCUUCAAGUUGUUGGUCGGUGCUGAAACAGAAAAGGCAGCAGAUGAAGAUCCCAGACGGAUUUUUUGCCCAUUUUUAUGCCAUUUGUGAGCAUGUCAGCCCUGUCCUCGCCUGGGGCUUUCUGGGUCCUAGAAAUUCUCUCUAUGAUUUAUGUUGCUUCUUUAAGAAUCAAGUUCUUUUCUUUCUCAAAGAUAUUUUUGACUUCGAGAAGGUGCGCUAUUCCAGCAUAGAGACUCUGGCCGAAGACCUCACGCACUUACUUAUUCGCCGCACUGAACUUCUAAUGGCCUAUCUCGGAGCUGACGCCCUGAGGCACACAAGCAGCUGUGUAAGUGGUCACGGCCACGUUGUGUCCGGUGGCCUACUGGAAGCCAAAGUACAAUAAGUACCGUAAGCACCAUGCAAUGUGAGUGUGCUGUGAAAUAUUUUAAGGUAACUAUUGAUUUUGUAACAUAUAUUACACAGAGUUGGUGGAUAUGGACUCAGGGAGGAAAAACAGUCUAGUAAAGAAUGAGUACUGUACUUACACAGAAGUUCUGUCAUCGACUCCCUGUGUAGCGCAUCCAAAGCGGCUUUUUACAAUCUUUAGGUAAUAAUUUAAGUUGUGAAAUGUUGCAUAGUUUGCGGAAAUAUUGCUUGAAUUGAAGCCAGUACUUGGGAGUUAAUUGAUUUGUCGUCUAGAAGCUGUCUGAAAUGUCCAGUAUCAUUCGCAAAAGCUGUUUUCACGCUUUGUACCUUGAAAACGUCCACUUUAGCCAAGACCUUUGUGGCCCACGCGUGCAAGAAUAUAUUACUCCUAGUGUCAACCAACUUGGCUUUGCUUGAAAAUGUAUUUUUAAUUGUCAAGUUAUUCAUUUGUUUAAUCAAGUUUAGGCAGUAGUGGUGUUUAAUAUGUACUGCUUACAUUAUGGCUUGUGCAUUUGCUUAUGUAUUUGAGUCAAAUUGUAAUGGCUCAGUAUCAUUAUAGAACAUUUAAAUGAAUUGACACUGAGAAGUUUUCAAGUUACAAGUUCAUGUUAGAUUUACUGCAGUUUCCAAAAUAUAUUACUGUUGGUCCUAUAAGUUACAAAGGACUGAAGAAAUUUCUUGUCUCUUUUUAUAGAUCAGAGCACUUUUCCCUUGAAUGAAUAUUGAUUUAACUAUGACAGCCAAUUAAAAUUUUUCCUGUGUAGUUUUGAGACUGUCUCCCAACAUCUGAAGAUAUUAAUCUUGGUACCAUAAAAUUAUUUCUUCUUUCUCCUACAAAACUGGCUUCUAGUUAUUCUCACAGAGAACUUAGCAUACUGAGAAUGUGUCACAUUAUGCCCGUAUCUUUAAAAUAUUCAUACUUUGACUUUUAGUGAGGUUUUAAAGAAGUUUUUCUUUUCCCCUGAAUAUAGAACAUAAUAUUUUUAAUGGUAUAGAAGUAUAUUUCAUGUCCUUUAUGAUAAAUGUAUGAACAAAUGGGUUGUUCAUAUGAGUAAGGUUCUUCAGAAUAUAUUAGCUACUUUCAGAGUUGUAUUAGUUUUGUGUCUAAAUCAUAUACCACUUAUUUGGAGUGGCUGACUCAGUAUACCAAUGGAUUGGAUUUGUUGAUUUUGCUCCUAAAGUGGGCUUUAUUCAUUUUAGGAAUGAGUUACCCAGAAGAAUCUAAAAUAUAUUUUUUUAAAAUGCAUUUUUAGAUUAAAGUGCCUAGUUUCUGAUUAAUGGAUAGAAAAUGAAAAGUGGGAAUAAAAGCAUAAUCUUUUAAGGUUUUAAAUUUAUGUAUGUGCCACAUUUAUGUACUAUUGGCCACAAAGUAUGAGAUUCAGAAUCUUUAUGCUGUUUGCAUGUACUGUGUUCCAUAAUGUGCAUAUUACAGCAUUAAACAAUAUGAAAUAUUGCUCUAAUA